AAUGCAAAUCAUGUUAAACUAUAUGAGUACUAAAUGAUUGAUCAAUAACAUAGAACAAAAACAGUUUUGAUGUGCUUCAUAAGGAAUCAUUGUAGCUUUAGGAUAUUUUUUUAAAUAAACCCUAACAAUAUCUUGAAAAAAUUAAGGUUUUCUUUGAAGGUUGUUCUGCAAUGGAUCCUGAAGGUUGUUCUGCAAUGGACCCUGAGUGCGGCGGCCGAGAAAGCGAAAAAUUAGGGGAAUCUCCCGAUGAAGUGAGGUCGGUUAAUAAUCUAAUUAGUAUUAAGCGUCCUACCUGUUCCGAUGCCGAUCCUGAUCCUGAUAGCCCUUCAGGAAAUUUGAUGGAAGGGGAAUCUUCCGAUGAAUAUCUUGACAAUUCCAGUGACUCUUCUAUAGAUGACGCGGGUUCUCAACGCUCAACACUUUUUAUGGAAGGGGAAGCUUCUGAUGAAGAUCUUGAAUUCAGGUGUGUUGAUUAUUGUAUUAAUCUUGAUAUUUUUAAAAAAGAAAUUGGUAGAAACUGCUUGACAACAGAGUGUUGUCAACGUCCUCAUCCAUCUGAAAUUAGGGUCUGCAAUAAAAUUCUGGAUUCAUAUGCUGUUAUCCUUAGGCGUGAUAGAACUAUGAACAAUCCAUUAUCUUUGAAAGGUAAACUCUCUGGGGAAAUUAGAACCCAGUGUUAUAAGUCAUACAGGGAGAGGGAGAGCCCGGUGGAUGUUAAUUUAUACAAGGUAGAGAAAGACGCCGAUUCGGUGGAUCUGUCUUACACCGAUAAGUACACGAUUACUCUGUUCGGUCCGGAUAUCGAUCAGCUACCUACCUGUGUCCCUUCAAUUGAUGUUAGUUUUGAUCUCCGUUUGGAUAGUCAACCUAUAUUGGAAGGUAUUAGUGAUUAUGCAGUGAAUGAUACAACAGCGCCUGACUUUGAUCCGCUUACACCGAUUUAUGAACGGAUUGUUGGAGGCUAUGUCAACUUUAUGGAAAUACAGACAUCGGCUACUUCUUUUUAUAACCGUGUUACAGAGGAACGAGUUGAAAUGUGCGGUGAUAGGACAUCUCCUUUCCGAAUGUAUUUUCAGCACGCUAUUAUGCACUCUGCGGGAGUGGCCAAGAUUACUUUGAAAUUGACGGGAAUCCCGGGUGUCAGUACCAUCUCUGGUUCUAUCUGUGCUCGCCCUUGCUGUUACACAUAUGAUGUUCCGCUUGUUUCCGAUAAGCCGACAGAGGUGGAUAAGGAUGGCACCAUUAUGCUGAAGAGGUCAAUUAUUGCUGUUCCAGGACAUGCCUCUCUUGUCAUUGUAGCUGGAAAGCUGUGCGAUGCAAGUGGCAACACAAUUUCCAGAGGUGGAAAAACUUUUUUUAUUCCUAUCCCAGAGGGACCAUCUGAGCCUGCGGGUGGAUCUAUUGAAGGCCUCCAGGUUGGGGUCGAGUGGAUUUACCAUAACUUUCUCUAGUUGCAUGUUUGUUAUCGUUCUCAGUUUUGAAUCUUUGGUAUCUUUGGUAGGCUGGCAUCUCUUUGGUAGGCUGGCAUCUCUAAGUUUUGAAUUUUUUGCAAAUAGUUUUACCUGGUAAAUGAUGCGGUGUCCGAUUCCCAUGCCAUUGGCCUAGAUAAAUACUAGGGGAGUGAUGUGUGGUUAGUUAUGUGCCCCAGUACUUUUGCUUUAGUAAAUGUUGCGGCUAUCUACAUUAGGGAUAUCUGGUUAAUGAUGUGCAAAUAGAAUUGCUUCAAUAGCGGAUAGAUGUUCAAAAUCAUAGAGAAACUGAUAUCAUUAUUUCAAAUCUUAGUGCUUUUGGCCAGAUGUUUGCCUCUGUUUUUGGAUGAUGCAAGCUAUCUGCGCCGUUCUCUUA